CUUGGCCAUCCGCAGUUUCCGGAUACGCUCCAUGGUGGUGACACAGCGCCUGGCCCGACGUCUCACGGCGGCGCGGGCGACGCUCCAGCGCGGCCAUAGCCAUCGGGCGAUGGCACUGCCAGCACUACGCUCUUAUAGCGAGCAUGUUCAUUCAAAUGCUUCCUUCGCAGUGGCAGCAGCAGCGACGUUGGCCAUGGGCUCUUGGAUGAGCUCGCGGGACGAGUGGGCGAGCAUGAAAGCGGCACCGCCCUUGACACGCAACUUCAUCGCAGACGCUGUCGAGAAGGCCGCUCCUGCCGUUGUCAACAUCACGAUUGACUAUGGGCAUUUGCAGGGCGGGAGCUCUGGCUCGGGCUUCAUUCUCGAGCGCAGCGGCCUCAUUGUCACCAACGCCCAUGUCGUGGCGCAUGCGGGUCCGCACGCGAGCAUCAAGGUGACGCUCGCCAACGGCGCUAGCUACUCGGCCCGUGUACAUAGCAUGGACGCACUCACCGACUUGGCCUUGGUGCAACUCGACAAUGGAUCCUCGCUGUCGCUACCCACCAUGCAGAUUGGCUCGUCGGGCGCGCUGCGUGCCGGCGAGUGGGUCGUCGCCCUUGGAAGCCCGUUGACGUUGCAAAACAGCGUGAGCGCUGGUAUCGUGAGCGCGGUCGCUCGCCAUGGCUCCGAGAUUGGGCUCUCGAAUCGGCGCAACCACACCGAGUACAUUCAAACGGAUGCCGCCAUCAACUCGGGCAACUCGGGCGGACCGCUCGUCAACCUCGACGGCCAAGUCAUUGGCAUCAACGCAAUGAAAGUUGCGGGCGGCGUCAGCAACAUCUCGUUUGCGAUUCCCAUCGACACGGCCAUGGACGUCAUCGAGCAGCUGCGCAAGCGAAAGACCGUGACGCGCCCGUACGUGGGCAUGCAAAUGGUCCAGUUCAGCCCCGGCGUGCUCCCUGAAAUCUCCAAGAUCUACCCGGAUCUCAAAAGCGGUGUCGUCGUCAAGUCGGUGACGCCAGGAUCCCCGGCCGCGAUUGGCGGCCUCCUGCCUGGAGACGUCAUUGUCGAAUUUGCCGGCACUCGCGUCGAGACCAUCAAGGAUGUAACCACCGCCCUCGGCUACAACGUGGGUCAAAAUAUGUGCAUGAAGGUUCGCCGAGAUGGGAGCGCGAACCCGCGCGUCUUUUGCUUUGUGACGCAGGACGCUAGCCACCGAGGCGCGCCAACGUCGUCGCUGUGGUAGUACCCAGCCAAGACACUUGUAGAAGCCUAGCACCAAAAGCAUGUUUCCGUUGUCGCCGACAAAAAGUAUCCCAUUUGCGGUGGGUGGCGUCCAUUGCAUUCGAUCCUUGGACUGCGUCAAGUGCUCGAGAAUCGACGUCCACUGCACAACAAUGCGCCCCGCGACGUGAGAGAUCGUAGCGCGCCAUGUGUGUUGCCUGAAGCACCGUCGCGUAUGGAGACGCUUUCAUUAGCAGUGUACGAGGUAUCGCAGCGAGCCAACAGUAACAGCUAGCUCCAGUAAUCCAGACGCUUGAGAAGCGGGGAGCUGAGCAAUGACCAAGUCGGACGAUCCAGGAUAUUUUACUAAUCAACGGAAACCAAGUAUUUGUGGCCACG